CAAAGCUGGUAUGAAAUGCCUAAACUUCCUGUCCUGAGAGCAAGUAUGUAUUUAGCAGUAUCACCCACACAGAGUCACUUUGAGAGCUGAAGACUGUAGUGGAGACUUCACAUCUGCAGAUACAGCAAAAAUCCACUUAAUGGCAUCAACACGUUUACAGAAGAUCAAAGAACCGAAGAUGAAUGAGGAUAUAUAUGCAAAUUCAGGAAUUACGACAGACAACACAUCAACUCAUUCGGACGACAGCAAUGAUUAUGAGGACAUCGAUGCCAAUGAAGAUGUCCCAGAGACGGGUGUGACCAGAAGCUGUAAAGGAACGACCUCAGUUUCUGGAAUCAACACAGCAGAGAGCAGAUGCUGCAGGCUGGCUGCAGUGUGUCUGGGGCUGCUGUGUGUUCUCCUGCUGACUGCCAUCACAGUGCUGUGGAUCAAGUUCAUCAACCUGACUAUAGAGAGAGACCAGUUACAGACCAGUAACACCAACCUGACUAUAGAGAGAGACCAGUUACAGACCAGUUACACCAACCUGACUAUAGAGAGAGACCAGUUACAGACCAGCUACACCAGCCUGACUAUAGAGAGAGACCAGUUACAGACCAGCAAUGACAAUAUGAAGAAUGAGAGAGGCCAAUUACAGAAGGAAAAGGAAAUGUUCCAGAAGAAACUGUCAGAAUUAGAGCAAAAACAGAGGUGUUUCCAAAAUAGUUUCUACCACAUCUCUACUGAGAAGAAGAGCUGGAGUGAGAGCAGACAGGACUGCAGAGAGAGAGGAGCAGACCUGGUGAUCAUAAACAGCAAAGAAGAGCAGGAGUUCAUCACUAAAGUAUUUGGCAGCACUGACGCUUGGAUUGGUCUGACGGACAUUGACACAGAGGGGGUCUGGAAAUGGGUGGACAACUCAACACUGACCACUCAGUUCUGGUGGACAGGGGAACCCAAUGAUUAUGGAGGAUAUGAGGACUGUGCUAUAACUGGCUAUAGAGGUGCUGGAUCUGAACAUGCGUCAACCUGGGCCGAUUAUCCCUGUGGUUACCCUGUAGUUGGAAUCUGUGAGAAAAGUCUGUAAUUUAGUCUACAUGAGAGUGAACAGUUAAAA